GGAAGACGCUAUAUACGCGUUUUGAGAAUCGGUUAUAAUUUUUCGUUGUCGGCCUACUUUUGGUAUUACAAGGAACGAUAUUUGUUUGACUGUUCGAAGGUUCUGACUCUCACGGUACUGGAGACGAUGUAUCGUUAUUGGAAGUACAAAAUCAGGGCAAGUCUGAAUGCAGAGCUAUCAACAUCUACGGGGUAUAUUGAGACAAGCAGGUGCCCUUCAUGCAGG